UUCCAAAAAUAGGUAAAUAAUCGAAACAACACAAUCAUCGCUGCGCUGCUGGACGAGCGAAGAAAACGAAGCAAUCCGUUCUCGGUCGGGUAAGCCAUAAGAAUGCUUCCAUCGCGUGCUCUUCUGUUGGGUCGCAUGCUGCAGCGCACCGUAGCCAAUCGCGGUAUCAAGGCGGCUCCUUUGAAUCCGAUUGUCCGUCAGAGUCACACUGUUUCCUAUCGAGUGAAUGGUCCGAAACCGAGUCGUGUCGUCCGUGGAUUAACCCAAUUCUGCGGAGGUUUGAUGUGGUGGUGGGUUCUGUGGCAUCUGUUCCAUGAAUACGAACAUAUUACGGGUGAAUUUGCCUAUCCGGAUCCGAAGGCAUGGACUAACGCAGAGCUAGGCAUUCCGCCUGAUAAUGAAUAAAUGUUCUAAUUUACUCAAUAUUUUGUUAGCCAAAAUCAAAUCUAUCGAUUUAUCUGCUUGUAACAAGUGUCGAUUGUAAAUAAAUGCUGUACGGAGACAGUAAGUUAGAUUCCGCCA